AAAUAAUGGCCUCUAUCGUCGUCGGGGUCCGCGAAAACUCCGUUUCGAAAUGUCAAUCCACCGCGGCGCACCGCACUGCUGCUGCUGCUGCUGCUGCUGCUUCUUUCGCCAAGUAGUGCAGCCACACACAUCUAUACACGGCUGAUGCAAAUAAGCGAUCACAUCAAGUGUGUCUUGCGGGAGGGUUGCCUGCUGCGUGUAUAUACAUGCACAUUAUAUCUAUAUAGAGCACACAGUGCGUUUAAUACAGUCUGCCGCAGCAGUGCAUGUGCCGAGUGUUGGCUGGAGGAGCGGAGUAGUAGGGAACAGGUAGAAAGAGAGAGACGAUCAAGUGAGAGAGAAGAGAGGCUGCUGUGCGCGAAGGAGAGUCAAGUAGCGACAGGAAGGAAGCUGCUGGCCACGGCGCAGAGGUAGAUCGAUGAGUAUCCGGUAAUACGCCCGCGACGGCGUGUCCGCAAUGGCCGACGAGGCAGCAGCAGCAGCAGCACCAGCCCCGCCGCCGAGGCGACAACUGAGAGAAAGGACUAGAAAAUUGUAUUCAGAUGAUUGGGCUUUUGGAGAUGAGGACUUUGAAGGCAGACGUGGCUUUCAAGUGGAAGAAAAGAUUGAAAGUGAUCGAUAUGAUCUUGGCAACUUUAAUGGAUUGUUCCGUGAAAUGACUGGACCAGAACUGACUGUAGCAUAUUUACAAAAACAUGGACUUGGUAUACCUCUAUUGGUCAGAGAAAAAACUGGUCUUGGCUUGCGAGUACCAAGUACAAAUUUUACUGUCAAUGAUGUCAGGACAUGCGUUGGCUCCAAAAGAAUUGUGGAUGUCAUGGAUGUUAAUACUCAGAAGAAUGAAGAUAUGACAAUGAAAGAAUGGCAAAAGUAUUAUGAAGAUGAUAACAAAGAUCGUUUGUUGAAUGUGAUCUCACUGGAAUUUAGUCACACCAAAUUAGAAAAUUAUGUGCAGUCUCCUACGAUUGUGAGACAAAUAGAUUGGGUUGAUGUGGUAUGGCCAAAACAUUUGAAGGAAGCUCAAGUUGAAUCAACAAAUUUACUGGAAGACAUGAUGUACCCAAAGGUACAGAAGUACUGUCUUAUGUCAGUUAAAGGCUGUUACACAGACUUUCAUGUAGAUUUUGGAGGCACAAGUGUUUGGUAUCAUAUUCUCAAAGGGGGGAAAAUCUUCUGGCUCAUCCCACCAACAGAGAAGAAUUUAGCUUUGUAUCAGGAAUGGGUUUUGAGUGGAAAGCAAUCAGACAUUUUCUUUGGAGAUAUGGUUGAUAGAUGUGGUAGAAUAACAUUGCACGCUGGGAUGACUUUAUUUAUCCCAACAGGAUGGAUACAUGCAGUGUAUACACCUCAAGACUCACUUGUCUUCGGAGGCAAUUUUUUGCACAGUUUUGGAAUCGACAAACAACUUCGAGUAGCUCAAGUAGAAGAAGCAACCAAAGUACCUCAUAAAUUUCGAUAUCCCUUUUUCACAGAAAUGCUUUGGUACGUGCUCGAAAGAUACGUUCACGUUUUAUUGGGACGAAGUCACCUAGACAUAUCAGGAACUUCGAGUCAACAUAUGGUCCCAGAAAAUCUUAAGCACGUGCACCUGACUCCGCUUGAACUUCACGGCCUAAAAUCCAUCGUUAUGUACCUCCAUUCUCUACCAUCAACCAAGAAAAACGUUCCAGAACUGAUUCGAGAUCCCGUCGCCUUGAUCCACGACGUUCGUUGUCUUGUCGAACAGCACAGGCACGACAGCCCCGAAUCAGCAGUAACUGGACAUCCUGUUCUACCUCCGCCCCCGGCGCUGACGAUUACCGAGAGAGAAAAACUUGGCAUAACCAGAAAGAAGCUCAUCAGGCCACCGCUACAGGAGCGAUCCGACUCUAAGUCUUGUCCACGUAGACGACGGACUCGCUGCAAAAAGUGCGAAGCUUGCACGAGAGCAGAUUGUGGCGAGUGCGCAUACUGUCAGGACAUGGUGAAAUUCGGAGGUACUGGUCGAGCGAAGCAGACCUGCCUUAUGCGACAGUGUCUGAGACCGAUGCUGCCCGUAACGGCCUCGUGCAAGUUCUGUAGUUUGGACGGCUGGGGCCAACCGCCCGCUCCGUUGAUGGGUAAACAGCAUCCGGUGACACCUUCGAGUCUGAUGGAGUGUUCCAUAUGUUACGAUAUAGUACAUCCGCAAUGCACCAAUCGCAAUAUGCAGAAUAUUGUCGUGAGUGAUGAUUUGCCGAACAGUUGGGAGUGCCCUGAAUGCUGCGAAAGUGGCAGGAAUUUGGAAUCGAAGCCGAGGCAGCUGAAAGCCGGCAAGAGAAAAUUGUCGGUAACUAGCGCGUCUGUAUCAAUUCAGCCACCGGAUUCUGAAAAGGCCAUGACGCCCAGUAAAAAGAUGCAAGUUGAUUUGAGCGAGAGUUGGAAUGAUCAAGAAGUUGCAGAGGGACACCAAAGAACGUAUCCUCAAAACCAGCAAACGUCUCCAAUAGUUAAUAGGACUCCUGUUAGCUUAAUAAAGAAGCAGUUCCCGGUCGCGAGAAACAUUCAGGCUGUUCCGGUACACAGAUCUAACGAUUUCCACGAGCAAUCAUACGUAUAUAAUAAGGUAGCAAUUCUUUCGGUAUUCAAGUAUUUAUCGCGAAAGGAUCUUGUGAAUUGCGCACUGGUGUGCAGGACUUGGGCUCAAUUCGGUAUUGAUCCCAGCUUGUGGAAAAAAAUAGACGUGUCGCAUAGUGUUUUGUCGGCUGGGCAUUUGUCUGGCAUCGCACAACGGCAACCAGAAACACUCCUGUUAGACUGGACAAACAUAGCCAAGAGGCAAUUAGCCUGGCUAUUGAUUAGAUUAACGAAACUGCAGAAUCUUUCGCUUAAGGGCUGCAAUUGGGCUGGAGUUUACGCUUUGAACACAUCUGCUUGUCCGCUUUUAACGACGCUCGAUUUGAGUUUCGUCGCAGGCUUAAAUGAUAGCAGUCUUCGGGAGAUCUUAAGUCCACCUACCGACUCGGGAGCCGGCCUAAUAGAGAAGUCGUCGAGACUAAGAUAUCUACGAACACUGUCACUCUGUGGCUGCGAUAUAUCAGAUGUUGCGCUGCGCUACAUAGCCCAACAUCUGUCCUACGUCCGAACGCUCAACCUGUCCUCGUGUGCCAGGAUAACCGAUGCAGGAGUGGCACAAUUAACGUCACCACCCGCUGCUACCGUCACAACCCUCGUCUCGCUUAAUCUGUCUGGCUGUAGGCAUAUCACGGAGAUCAGCUUGAAUUAUUUGCUCAAGUGCCAGGCGUUAAAACACUUGGACCUCAGGAACACGCUACCGAUAUCGGCUCAAAGAGUGGCAAGCUUCAAGACGAUGAGUUCGGUAAGUUCACUCCUUGCGGAUACCAGUCCGAUGGGCGAAGCAAAUCAUUCACACAUUAUGGAGGUCAGACCUCCGCAGUCGUCGAUGGAAAUGCGAACGAAUUUCGAAGACAACAUCGCCAAACGUUCAGUCAUUUCAAAUAGCUAUCAGCUGUUUGACAGGCAGAGGUGAAUCAAUAAGUGAAGAGAAUGAUAAUAAUGGAUUGAACUGUGCAAAUACAUGCGAAAUUUAUAGAAAUUUUUCUUUGCGAUGCGCAACGCAAUUGUGUUUAAAGAGAUGGGUUUACGCUGGAUGCGAGAAAUCGUUAAAAAAAACAGUCUUAUGAAACUCAUGAAGAACACAGUGAAGUCUUCUAAUGCAAUAUGUUUGUUUUUGUACGUGAAAGUAAAAGGCGCGUUCUGUUGUUGUGAUUGGCAACUUAGAUUUUAAAAUGUGUUUUAAAGCUGAGUUACGUAUACUAAUAGUUCCUAAUAUAAUAUAAAAGAUGUUUCAUGAGAGCGAAAUUUAUGAUUUUUCGCUAUCCUAGGUAAGCUAUAAUCGAGAUUCUCUGCAGAUAUAAUGUAGUGUUUGAUAUGCCUAGACGAAAGUGUAUUUAGCGUUAUAUUUUUAACCUUUUAUCAACAAAAAAAAUUGGCGUGAAGAUUAUUUCUGAUAAUUUGAUUAAAAACAAAAAACUAAUUUGAAUAUUUUUUUACGAAAUCACACAUGCGAUGAAACUUAUUUAUUUGAGAUGAAAGAUUAAGUAUUGUAUAAAAAAAAACUGUAGUGUACACGAUUAUCGAAUAAAGAGUGAAAAAUCAACGUGUAACAAUAUAAAGAAAAGAUGUGAUUGGCAGUGGCGUGCAAUUUUUUUAUACAGAAGGAACAUUUUUCUUCACGUCUAUGUACGUAACUGCUUGUAAUGUAUGCAAAAUAAGGUCCUCCAAGAUUUUAUUAGUACACAAGAAAAGAUUAAUGUAAGUAAAAAUAAUUUGCACAUAUACAUACAUGGAAAUGACUGUAGUCUUGCAACUUACCUCAACAUCAUAAACGUUUAUAGCAAAAACUCUUGUAAAGAAUAAAACCACUUUGAUCUUGGAA